UGUGAAUAAAUCCAAAAGAAUAACUGAAACUUCAACAAGAAUAAUUGUUUUUCAAAAGCUAGUAGAUAUGAUGUUAUCUGGUUUCGUAGAAGAAGAAGAUGGUUGUUAAUGUCAGAUUUUUAUUUUCUGAAGACAUAGGUGAAAAGUAUGAUCCUAACGUUAGGCUACGAUAUUCCAAUCAUAAGUUUCACUGUAACUAUAUCCAUAUGUGGCUAACCUAUACUUUUGUCCUUGAAUCUGCCUAACCUAUACUUUUGUAAACCGAAAAUAGCCAAAGUCAAACCGUUAAAAAUCAAGGACAGACAAAACCGAACCGACCUGUAUUAGCAAUUAUUUCUAUAAAUGCUGAGCUAUUGGGCUUGAGAAGGCCCAUUGGCUAAAAACCAUUCAAGGUAUAAACAAAAGUCAAAAAUCGCCCGGCACUCGCACACGGCGUAGAUAACGUGUCCGUCGCACGGAGAGAGAGAGAGAGAGAGAGAUCUAGAGGAAGAAGAACGAACAAAAAUGGCAUUGCAAUGGCUGAUUCUGUCGUAUGUGGUUGCUGCCGAGGUCGCGAUCGCAGUCAUUUUGACUCUACCUUACCCUAUGCUCGUGAAGAAACGCGUCGUGUCACUUGUCUCGCUCAUACUCCAGCCUGCCGCCUCCAUCGUCGCCUUCGCUGGAUUUCAACUCCUCGAUCUUUACUGGAAGAAUGAACAUAGACUAAUGUGCUCAUCUGAGGUUUGCACUGCCACCGAGCGGGAUCGCUACGAGAAAUCAAUCUACAAGGCUCAGCGGAAUGUGGUUCUUUGUGCGGCUGGGAUCCUUCUCUACUGGUGCAUUUUCCGCAUCUGCAAGUACAACAAAGACCUUGAGCAUUUGGAGGAGCUAGAGAAGAGAUGCAAGGCAGAGUAGUAGUAGUAUUAGUUUCCCCAAGUCUGCUUCUUCUGUUAUUAAUAUAACCUCGUCUUGUGACUACUUCAAAAUUUUAAACAAGAUAAUGAUUUAUCUCUGAGAACGUCAUUGCACAA